UCCCCCUUACACAUUUAGUAUGUUUAAAGCCAUGAGUCUGUAAUAUCUCCUUGAAAUGAUUUACCAAACUUAGUGUUUAGAGAGGGCAAGGCGAGAUUGAUCGAGCUGCGUGCCUGAAGUUAUUUUACUGAGCCUGUGUUUUAUUUUCUCUUGUUUGUUUGUGGUUCCACUGUUAUUUAUUUUUUUCUGCCGCAGCAAGGAGACGCGGAUUCUCUACAAACCUACGUUUUACAAUAAGUUUGGUACAAUUGUGUGUGUGUGUGUGUGUGUGUGUGUGUGUGUGGAGGUAAAGGGGGAGGUUUUUAAAAAAAAACAAAGUUCCAGAGUAAGCUGUACGAGAACAGACUUGAAUUGCCCCGGAAAAUCCCGACAGUUUCCCCGUGCUGUCUAACUUGAAGGGAGUUUUACAACAAGAUCUGUCGGUUCCCAAGGUUGACAUUACUGUCUGACAUGGUGCUUUGUUACCAGCGACCUUUACCAACACAGCAAGGAACGCGAAACAUCUCUCUGACACCAGCAAGCGCUGACUUUAUUGUAAUCUCAGAAACACAGGAAAGCCGGGCUGUGAGGAACGUGUCCCUUAUGACGUUUCAGGAGGAGAAUUCUUCACUAGUCCCAAUAAGCCAUCAAAGCCAGGAGUCCACUGGAAAAAGAGACCCAGAAGCAGAUAUGCAAUGUAUCACCACCACCCUUAGGCAACUGGAUCUGUCAGGAUGGUACUGGGGUUCCAUCACAGCCAGUGAAGCCAAGCAACAACUCAACAAGAUGCCAGAAGGGACCUUCCUCAUCCGAGACAGCUCGCACCCCAACUACCUGCUGACACUUUCGGUGAAGACCAAUCGUGGUCCUACGAAUGUCCGGAUAGAGUACAGCAAUGGCAAGUUCUGCCUGGAUUCGUACUACUUGGCCAAGCCCAGGAUCUUGGCCUUCAAAGAGGUUCUCAGUCUCAUCCAGCAUUACGUCACCUCCUGCAUCGUGGACCGGUACGACAAAUCGACAGACUCAGUGUCCCUGUCCCCCAAGGAUACUGCCAUCCACCUAAAACUCAUCAAACCACUUCACCGAAAGGAUUCAUUUCCUUCUCUUCAGCACUUGUGUCGAUUGACUAUUAACAGAAUAACACAUCAAGUGGAUAAGCUACCAUUGCCAAAAAGCGUCCAGGGGUAUUUAGAAGAAUACCCUUUCCUCCUCUGAGAUAGUAUUGUUUCUUUUUUGUGGAGUGAUGCGGUGGGCAAGGGUUUUCGCAGAGAAAGCGCAGGCAAUUUUGUGGCCACCUAUUUCUUGGCUGAGAGAUGGCCACUCAAUGGGUCUUUGAGAGCCAUUGAGUGAUGAUGUGAUGAUUAAUAACGGACUUUUAUGUUUGAAAGUGCGCGUUGCGUGCUGGACAAUUUGAAUAUACUUUCUUGGUUUCACUGUACUGGAGCAGGUCCUGUGGACUUUUCAAAAAACUAAAAUGUGAAUUAACAGCUAAGGAAGCAGACUGGAAAGAUUCCUUGAUGAAUAACCAAGAUAUAACAUAGAUAUGCAAAAAUAACUCUACAGCUUUUAUAUUAUUUGAAUGCACUUUGACUAUUUUGAGAAAUACUUGUUUUUUUAAAAAAAGACCAAAAGUAGAAAACAUUUUCUAAUAAAGUAUUUUAAAACACA